CUCAGCCCAACAACAACAACAUCAUCAGACGGGAUCCCUUCAACCAGUAAAAGCAAGCACCUGAAAGAUCACAAAUCAAGUAAGAGGAAGAAUAGAAAACAAUGGAAAUCAACAACCAUCCAUCCUCGAGCGAGAAGGAGGCCCGUCUUCUUCCCAAUGCUCCUGGCGGAACGGAGAAUGUCCAUCAACAAGCGAUACACACAGAGUCUACCACAGGGAGUUAUGAUCUAGGUCCCUCGCACAAUAACCAGCCAGCUAGCGACGAUAAACCAGAUGGGCAAGGAGAGAUUGCAGGUGAUCACUUGAUCCAAGAAGAUACUUCCAUCGGCAAAAACACUGUGAUCUGCGAGGGCACGGCUUCAGUUGCUCAAACUGAGCAGACGCAGGUGCAAUUUCUCCGUCUCUUGAAAUACGAAUGCAGGGCGUGGGUCAAGAUCGCGCUGCGAAAAGCAUCAGCUACAGAAAUACAGUCCAGUGAUUUGUAA